GAACGCAUCAGAGCCGACAUGUUUUUUUUCCACCCCUCCUCCAUAAUCUGGCCGUGCCUCGAUUCCGUCUUGCUCUCCGCUCUUUCCUCAGAGCUCAGACGUGCUUGAGAGGUGCGGAGCCGAAAAGUCACAAGCUACCGACACGUUGAAAGGACAGGAAGCGUCACUUUUUAGCUUAGGCGACAGACAUUUCGCUGCCACAGUCCCGCUUGUGUUUAGAGCUCCAAUAAAAUGGAUACUCAGUCCUCCCAGAUAUCAUCGUCGCAAGGUUUUGCCGACGGACAGAACUCCGCCGCCAAAGAAUCAAAAAUGUCCGAUUCCUUUCUUUCCUCUCCGCCUGUAUCUCUCAUUCAGUCUCCUCAAGACAAGAGAGGGGUCCUGGGUUCUGACAAGUCCACUGAAGCUGUAGCCACAUCAUUGCGCUUUUCUUCCCAACCAGGCUCAUUCUCCCCCAGUAAUUACAGCAGUGACACAUCUCCAACAGAUGGACAAGAUUCCCCAAUAAAGGUGUCUCCUGUUUCAGAACGGAUUAAGGCACUAGAAGCUCUUGCAGCCAAAAAAAAGGAACCUGAUUUUAGGGGUAAUGGAACUUUCACUCACUACAGGGAACGACACAAUGAUAAAUCUGUUGUCGAGGGGCCCAAAUCUCCCACAGAAGGCUCCAAAUACACAGCUGAAGGACCCAAAUCUCCCACAGAAGGCUCCAAAUUCACAGCUGAAGGACCCAAAUCUCCCACAGAAGGCUCCAAAUUCACAGCUGAAGGUCCCAAAUCUCCCACAGAAGGCUCCAAAUUCACAGCUGAAGGUCCCAAAUCUCCCACAGAAGGCUCCAAAUUCACAGCUGAAGGUCCCAAAUCUCCCACAGAAGGCUCCAAAUUCACAGCUGAAGGUCCCAAAUCUCCCACAGAAGGCUCCAAAUUCACAGCUGAAGGUCCCAAAUCUCCCACAGAAGGCUCCAAAUUCACAGCUGAAGGUCCCAAAUCUCCCACAGAAGGCUCCAAAUUCACAGCUGAAGGUCCCAAAUCUCCCACAGAAGGCUCCAAAUUCACAGCUGAAGGUCCCAAAUCUCCCACAGAAGGCUCCAAAUUCACAGCUGAAGGCCCCAAAUCUCCCACAGAAGACUCCACAUUCACAGCUGAAGGCCCCAAAUCUCCCACAGAAGGCUCCAAAUUCACAGCUGAGGGCCCCAAAUCUCCCACAGAAGGCUCCAAAUUCACAGCUGAAGGGCCCAAAUCUCCCACCGAGGGCUCCAAAUGUGCAGUUGACAUGCCCAGAUCUCAAGCUGAGGGUCCCAAAUCGCCAGAUGAAAAAAUUACACAAGCUCCUCAGAAAAUGGAAGAUUCAGCUGAUAAGGAGUCACCAGAAUCACCAUUUGAAAUCCUUGGAGACUUGAAGCAUGUUGGUGAAUUUGAAGAGACAGAACAGUGGAUGAAGGCACAUUUACCUCCUGUGCCAGAUUUUGAUGCUGCUGGCUUAAUCAAAAGCACUAAUUUGAGCUCGAUGAAGGAGACGGACACAGAUAUGUCGGCUACCUUUGCUGAUGUUCCUGAUGCUUUCAUGGAUUGUCCUGUUGAAAGCCCAAAACCAAAAGAGCUUGUUGGUGAACAGAAAAAAAUGGGAGUUGAAGAGUUUGAUGUUAGCUUUUUGCCAACUGCUUACAUGUGGGAUCAUCAGGAAAAAUCAAGUCCAGAAGAUUCAUCUAAUCUUGACAUGGCGACGACAGCUUCACCUGCACCUCCUGCAGGCUUUGGUUCCACAUCUCCUCCUUCAUCCCCUCCAGCUUGCACUGCUGCUAAUCAGAACGUUUCUAAAGAGAUGAAAGGCAUUUGGGCUGGGGAAUUGGAGCAGCCAGAGGCAAAUGAAGGAGACAGUUCAGGAGAGUCAGAUGAUACGGUCAUUGAAGAUCAUGUUGUUGAACAUGGGUCUGCUUCAUCUCAAUCUUUGGAUCAAAAUUCUAUUGAUGAGACCACAUCCCCUACAUGCGCAGCUUCUGAUCUUUCCACCACUGAAAAAGAGGCAAUCCCGCCAAAGUUUGAGAGAAAACUAAUGCAGGUUCCAACCAUAAACGUAAUUGAGACUGAUGAGCCCAAUUACAGUGAAGAGGAGAUGGAACCCGAGGAAGAUGAAGACAAUGAGGAUGUAAAAGGACCAGACAUGGGCCCCAUAAGCACCUCAGAACCAGACCCAGAAAAUGCUGAAAAUAAAGUUCCCAGAGCACGGCCAUUAGAAACUGAAUUUAUGGAAGGUUAUUCACCUCCAUCCUCACCUGUAGACUCAGAGUCUGAAUACUCCCCAAAACACAAGAUCAUCAAGCCUACUUCUGAAACGGGUGAUACGACUUCUGCCUUAAAAUCGGAUGUCUUUCCCAAUCCAACAGGCUCAGUGGACUUACAGCCUGACAAAUCGCAGUCCAUUUCAAAUGAAAUUAGCAAUCCAACUUCCAUUUUUGUUGUUGACAAUGAAGAAGUGGAUUUCCCAGACAAUGACGAUGAUUGGUCAGAUGAAGCCCAGGAAAUUCUGUUUAAAUCCCCCACAACUGAUCUGUCAUCUCAAGAAUCAGCUCCUUGCCGCCAGCCUUCGGACAAAGAAAAUAGCAAUACAGCUGCAGAAGAGGAUUACAUAAAACCUGUUCCUCCUCAUAUUUCCAGCUUCAUGCAGGAUGAUAUUUAUGACAGACAGUCCUUUGAUUAUGACUUUGAUAUAAGCUCUUCCCUGGAUCACAUGGAAGUUAAAAAGUUAAACAAUGCUAAGGAACGUUUUUUGUCUGAUCCUGUUCAAAUUGAUGAUGCCGAAGACAAACUGGAUUUGGACAGCGCCAUUUCCCUCAAUGGUGAUGACAUUACCAAGUCUGAUAGUCAGCCAUCUUUAGAAGAUUAUCCUGAAAACCCAUAUUCCUGUUUCCAACAUGAAACAAUAACCAGAGUUGAGGGACAAGACGUUAUUAAGAAGACCAUUGCCAGCAUUGAUGCAGAUAAUAUGGAAAAUAGCAACAUACUUCCAUCUCAGAAACCAGUUUCACACAUUCAACAAGAUCCCAAAACCGGUCACAAUGCAGAUGAGACAAAAUGCAGUCCAGACAGAACCGUCACUGGCAACCCAGCUUCUGAACCUAUUGAUAGUUUUGUGGAGUUCAUGAGAGAGUGUCUGAAAUCAAAGCAGGAUGAAGAAGCUGACCUUGUGGAUCAGGGGCUGCCAUACGAUGAGCCCAGCAAGGUUGUUUCUUCUGUCUCCCAGGCUUCUCCAGGCAUGGUGGUGGAUUUUGAUCAAGAACAUCUUACAAUCAGUGCUCUCAAAGAUCUAGGCAUUAGCCAAGAAGAAGUGGAGGAGUCGGUGAAUCCUCAGUGUGAAGUCACAGAACAGAAUCAACCAAAGUCAGAUGUUACCCCUACACAGCCAUCAUGCUUCUCCUCAGACACCAAACAUCCUUGUUCCCAAAGCGACCGUGUGUUUGACGGCACAUAUUCCAGUGAGGUGGAAGCCAUAGACGAAUGGGUAGCUGAAGCCUACCAUCUUGCAGAGCAUGUCUUGACAGCUAUACUAACCCACUUAUCAGUUCACUCUUUGAUCCACUGGCGGGACCCGAAGAAGUCGGGUGUGGUGUUCGGCCUGUCCCUGCUCCUGCUGCUGUCGUUGGCAGCCUUCAGUGUCAUCAGCGUGAUCUCCUACCUGCUGCUCGCCCUGCUCUGCGUCACCAUCACCUUCCGCAUCUACAAGUCUGUCAUCCAGGCCGUGCAGAAGUCUAACGACGGACACCCAUUCAAAGCGCUGAUAGAGAAGGAUGUCAGCAUCCCUCCAGAGACCUUCCGCAAGCACGUGGACACCAGUCUGGCCCACAUCAACCGAGCCCUCAAGCAGAUGAGCCACCUGUUUUUGGUUGAGGACCUUGUGGACUCUCUAAAGCUGGCUGUGGUCAUGUGGUUGCUGACCUAUGUUGGAGCAGUUUUUAAUGGAAUCACCAUCCUCAUCCUGGCGGAUAUCCUGCUAUUUGCUGUACCUCCCGUCUAUGAGAAGAAUAAGACCCAGAUUGAUCAGUACAUCGACGUUGUGCGCACUCAAGUCAACAAUACAAUGGCAAAGUUGCAAGAGAAACUUCCUGGAGCUAUGAAGCGCACCAAGACUGAAUGAUCCCGCAUCAGAAACCUCCAUGCCACCACCAUCCUCAUCUCCAUCACUCUCUGAAAAAACCAACCUCUUAUCUCACCCAGCUCCUCUCCACUUCCCCAAACCCUCCCUCUCCAAGUCCUCCGCCCUGCUUCAUCAACCCCCCCCCCCUCUCUACACUGAACCGUGCUAGAUAGAAAAUCUCAGAGCUACUCAAUGUUCAAUGUAAAACUACUGCGCAGCUUAACUUGCAAACAUUAAAAAAGAGCCGUGCCUGCAGAGCCAUGAGGCACCAUGCUUAUGCGGAGGUCAUGUGACCCUGCAGCGUUUCCCAGCUGCAGAAAGAAGGCCGAUUCCAGUGAACUAGACUGAAUCUAUGACCUGGUUUCAUCAUAUCCAGAGAGCACAGGGCGGACGACGGCCGGCUCCUAAAAGCAAAUGUCUGUACAGAAACCACACGGUUCCCUGCAGGUAAACAAAGCAGUUCCACAGCUAACCUUUGGCUUACUGGGGCCAGUCUCAUCUUGCCCUUUUACUUAACAUCACGUUCCGUGCAUGGGAAGUCAUUUCAGGAGCUGGGACUGGCUCUGCUCCUACUGAUUGGCCUGUUCACUUCUUUUUUUUGGUUACAGGCAGUGUUUCAACCCUCUGCAAUGCACUGAUUGUUUUUUUUUCUUUUUGUUUUGAACCCAUGAGCAGGUGGAGAUAAAACCCUUUGAACCCUGAGCCAGCUGUGAUAAUUGGGUCUAGUUCACUGUGCUGAGAAGCAUUUUUCAGAAAACUGUUCUUGUAAAUAACCCAGAAAACGACAGGCUCUCUGCUCCAUGGAACACAUUGGCCUGGCUUUUUAUAUUGAAGGAAGCCCCCUGAACCCCAGCAGUCUUGACCGUUUUUUGCACCUGUUCAGUCCACUAAGUGUUGAGCUCUUGUUUUCACGUGUAUAUUUGGAUUCUAAUUAUUACUACUUAGAACUGCUCUCAGUACGAGUUCUAGGAUGGCUGCUUUGAAUCCCUUAUAGCUCGAUAACAGCUUUGUAAGCGUUAUGUAAGGUGUUAUUGGGCUUCUUAAUUUUAACCAGUAGUUCUUUAAGUCCCCUAUAGAAAUAAGCAGCACACUGUGUUUAGAGGAGUCCUAAAUCUUUAAUUCCCACAUGGUUUCUCAGAUUGCUGUUGUGUUGAGUGUAAAAUGUGAAUGGUUUGAAUUGUGUUUUGCCAAAAUAAAAGACUCUUGAUUAUAUAAAAGUUGUUCAGUUUAAUUUAAGACAACAGGCCAAAGCAGGCCAUGAUCUGGAAAACGAUUGCUAAAAUUGAAUGUAAAUUUUUAAAAAAAAUGUUUGUUGCUGUGAUCGUUUUUGUAAUUUUUCCUUCACGGUUUUGAAAGAUGCUCUUGAAAAGCCGCGACUAUGAUUUAUCGACAUUUUACACUCCAUACAAUGUUCCUCAGUGACCUUGGAGGAAGGAAGAGGAGUUCAGGUUUGUUACUGUUAGAAGGUGCCAUUUAAGAUGAAGUGUAGCUGGAGGUUGUAGAAAUCCUUUUUGGAGUGGUUAUUGUAGAACUCUUACUAUGUUAUUAUUUUUUUCUUAUUUUUUUUCUCGACUGCCAUUCAGUGCAUGUCAUAGUAUAAGCUGGAACAGAUCUUCAUCCCUUACCUAUAUAGCCUGUAAUAUAUUGUUGAUCCAGACUUUUGUUAAAUAAGAUUACUACUUGUGAUUGUUUUUGUGGUGUUUUUGAACCCGGUUAAAAAACAUAGUGAUGUGUCGGUCCUGCAGUUCCGCCUUGAGAUGAUUCUAAGGGACAGCAGUCUGAAUAGAGUCAUCACCACUUCUGUUACUUUUCUAUCCUGCUGCGGCCUGUCUGCACGUGUCCCUGCAUACUGACUGAGCACUGAUGGAAGGUCAUGCAGAGACCUAGCCAACCGGUGCGCGCUGAAUGCUUCCUCUCUCAUGGAGUGCUCCCUCCUAUGCAUGACUUCUGUAUGUCGCGUCACUGAUUCACCUACACGGGUCUGAGAUCACUUUUUGUUGUUCACUGUUUCUGGUGAACCCAGAGUAUGCAGCCGCUUUAUGUCUGCCACUGAGGAAGCUCGCUUAGCGCGUGAUUAGUUACAUAUUGUUUAAAAAAGCUAAGAAGGAGGUACUCAUAGGUUCUGGAACAUAUUUGCCACGUUUGUUUUUAUAUAGUUUAGAUGUAAGAAACGGAAGUCAACCGAACAAAGAAAAUUCUCACCCCUGUAAAUGUUUGGAGUUUAAUCCAACUGGAUGGAUUAGAAUUGAUACAAUGUCCAAGGAAAAAAAAAAUGUUUAGUUUAUUUUUUUCAUUAUUUUGCUAAAGAUUGUGCCUAUUAAAUAUUAACGCUGGGUUCUUUAGUUCACAUACAGCAUUAAAAUAUUGUAAGUUUUGCGGCUUUCCUGAUAAACUUAAGACAUCAGGGCAGUUUAAGAGCAAAGUGGUGCGUGGGGAAAAUUGUAAGAAGUCUUAUUUUUAGAAUGGGUAAAAUGAAUCAAAUCUCUGUAUGCUCGAUGACAUCAGAGGUCAUGUUUGCAUUUGGGCUGAGCUGACCAUGACAGUGACUUGGCUCAUGAGUGUGGAGCUGGUAAAGCCACUUAUCUUUCCAGAUGCACUGCAUCGUGGAGAUGGAAACCAGUGAAACAGCGAGUGGUGUUGGGGUGCCGCCAAGGUAAAUGCAUCACAAAGUGUGCAUAGUUCUUCAGCGUGUAGAAUAUGAUAGAGAGGAGAUUAAAUAUGAUUUAUCAUAGCAUGUUUUGUUUCCCCUCCUUUUCCUAUUUGUGUUUUUAUCUGUGAUGGGAGAAAGUGACAGGAAUGUGUCCACAUUCUGUUUCCUCACUUGUUUUGCUUUGAGCUCUUAAUUGGUAUUUGGACAUUGUGAACUAACGGCUCAGUUUUGUAGCAGCUAUGACUUUGGUUUGAGUUUGUGAAGCAUUUGGACAGAUGUCGCAGGAAAAAAAGAAAACUGCAAAAUGUUUGUGGUCUGUACUGAUGUCAAAGUGAAAUAAUAAAAACAACUCAAAAGA